GCUUGAGCGCCGCGCGCGAGCGUUUCCCUUCCCCCUGCGAGCGCCCGGAUAAUGUCUGAGAAUGUCCAUUUCUGGGACGCUUAGCAGCUAUUAUGUCGACUCGAUCAUAAGUCACGAGAGUGAGGACGCGCCUCCAGCCAAGUUUCCUUCCGGCCAGUACGCGAGCCCCCGGCAGCCGGGCCACGCGGAGCACCUGGAGUUCCCCUCGUGCAGCUUCCAGCCCAAAGCGCCGGUGUUCGGCGCAUCCUGGGCGCCGCUGAGCCCGCACGCGUCCGGAAGCCUGCCGUCCGUCUACCACCCCUACAUCCAGCCCCAGGGCGUCCCGCCGGCCGAGAGCAGGUACCUCCGCACCUGGCUGGAGCCGGCGCCGCGCGGCGAAGCUGCUCCGGGGCAGGGCCAGGCGGCUGUGAAGGCGGAGCCGCUGCUGGGCGCGCCUGGGGAGCUCCUGAAGCAGGGCACGCCCGAGUACAGUUUGGAAACUUCGGCGGGCAGGGAGGCCGUCCUGUCUAAUCAAAGGCCCGGCUACGGGGACAAUAAAAUUUGCGAAGGAAGCGAGGACAAAGAGAGGCCGGAUCAAACCAACCCCUCCGCCAACUGGCUGCACGCUCGCUCUUCCCGGAAAAAGCGCUGUCCCUACACCAAAUACCAGACGCUGGAGCUAGAGAAGGAGUUUCUGUUCAAUAUGUACCUCACCAGGGACCGUAGGCACGAAGUGGCCAGACUCCUCAAUCUGAGUGAGAGACAAGUCAAAAUCUGGUUUCAGAACCGGCGGAUGAAAAUGAAGAAAAUGAAUAAGGAACAGGGCAAAGAGUAAAGAUUCCCCUAGCCCACCCCACCCCUUCUCCGUCUCACACUUAUUUAUAAGUGAUAGCUGCAGAGCCAGUGCCGUCUGGGAGGUAUUCUAGUGAAUGGGGAAGGGGAUCUUUCUCUUCGAAGUUCUUUUCUGUAUCUAGAGGCUCUCUCCUUUCCUUUGCCCUCACCUGUCCUUCUCUUCUCCCUGGGUCUCAGGAGGAGUUCUCAUUGAUUUAGAAGGUAGAUGUAGUUGAUUCCUAAGAAGGUGAUGGGCCACAAGGAAAGACAACCCCUAGUAGAGUCCCUAGUAACCCUCCUAAUUUUUCUGGGCAACCCCAGUUCCUCACUUCCAACCUGCCUGUUCCUUCCCACACACCUAUCCCAAAGUCACCCGGGGACACUCCAACUGCACACAGCCCAACAGAUGCCCGCCUGCAUGAAGCCUGGAGCUCACAGUAACAAUGGGAAAAGCCCACAGUCAACACUCAAAGUGACACCCCAAGUGCUAUCACACCCCACAUCUGGCAGAAUAGCCCCUCGACUGUCAGGAAAGUCCAGGGUCUACCCCUAAUGCAAUACACACCAAGAAGAUGUCUUGAGACACAUUCCUGAAUGAGGCGCUGCAGUUCAAGGGGCCCAGCAUCACACCAUCCCCCCCACGGAAUCCUUAACUAUGCCCAGGCAUGGACUCAAGGCCAAAUGGGAUAAACUCAGUUCCCCAGCUGGUGGGCUACAAAGGGCAAGCAAAGGCAGCGGUGGUCUUAUGAGAGUCUCUUAGGUUUUAUGAAAGUAGUCCACAUAUACACGUUUUGCUGCAGGAAAUGUUUAAUUCUGCAUGUUGUUUUCCUAUCCUUCCAACAAAAGGAGGUCAGAUCGUGGGUCAUAAGCCUUGACAGUGUCAUCCUCCCGUUCAUCUGUGCCCUGCUUGACAGAGACUGUGGCUUCUCUUGCUUGACACCGGCCCUGCUGCAUUCUUCUGCAUCCUCCCCAGCUCUGAAAUCAACUCUGUUCGGCCAGUCCACCUUGCACCAGCGAGUCAAGUCGCCCUUGUAGACCCCCCCCCNCCCCCCCCGCCGCCCCAACCCUGCAUCCUCUGCUAGCUCUCGUCCUCCUUAGGCGGGAAAGCCAGGUCAGGAGAACCCGAUGGAGAAUUUAUUGUGCAUCGAUUCCCGGGCUCCUCUCCAGAGCAAGUCGUGGAAGACAGGGAGGAGCAAAAACUCUGGGCUCGCGGGAGCUUGACUUACUCCUCCAAUCCUGCCCAGUCCGACCCCUGCGGAGGAGCCUCGGGCUUGGCAGCUGCCGCUUCACCGCAAAAGCGCAGAGACCCGCCUGGAUGGCGACCUGCGCGCGCACGCUUCUGGGGAGCAGUCCCGCUUGCUAAGGAAAUAGGCCGAAAUCGCACCUAAGCAUUAGACUAGGGCUUCCUCUCUGCUUCCUUUCCUCCCCCUGCUUCCCCACCUUUCCACCCUCCCCUCAAUUCAUAGACUCUGGCUCCUGCUUCUCCCGACCCUGCAAGGGGACAUUCCAGUAGAACUUUUUUUGCUUCGUCGGUGGCAGUCGUGAAA